UCUCUUCCUUGCCUUUCUCCUGUAGCUGGUUUGCAGAUUCAUCAGGUGCAUUUGGCAUGAAGAGGCCACUUUCAUGGCCACUGGGGCCACGGCAAACUCGGACCUCUUCAAUGCCCAGACCAGCGCUGCCCUGCUGGAUUUGCUUGUGGAGAACAGUGUCUACAAAGCAAAGCAAGUGCCAGCCAUAGUCAGGUGCAUCCACCAGUGGCUCACGUCCAAUGUGUCUGCUGAGCACAGGCUGGACAAGACUCUGGUCCUGCUGACCGAGGCACACCCCACGGAUGUUGCAGUGACCCUGCUGCGCUCUGCCCCAGCCUGUGACAGAGCUGCUCGCACCAUGUGGAAGACGCUCAUCUCCUCCAGAUGGACUAAGGAGCCGGUGCUGCAGAUCCUCUUCCGUGUGCUGGAAUACUGGCCAGCGCACAGGAGACGCACCUCUGAUGGGGAUGAGAGGGAUGUCUUUGCCCUGGCUGCAACUGUGGCACUCUGGGAGAUCCUCCAGCUGUCCCACUCCUGGUGCCCAAGUGCAGUGAAGGACAAUUUCCCGCGCCUCCUUCUGACUCUGCUCUUCCAAGUUUUCAUCAGCACAGAGGAGAUGUCAGAGGAGGUCGAGACCUUCUGGAGGCGAUGCCGGGAGCAGCGCAGCCUUCCCCCCAACCCCAACAGGUUUGCAGUGCAGACCAUUAAAGCCCUGCUGCGCCAGCUGCUGGAUGAGGAUGUGUUGAUGGCGAUCGGUCUCAAGAGUGGCUGGGACAUGCUCCUCAAGGCUGACAGCCACCACUAUGCAGUGGGUCUGCUGGCCAGGGAGCUGUGCCGUGUCUCCCGCUCCUUCGGUCGCCGCAUCGCCGUCAGCCUGCUCCCGCGGCUCAGCAGGGGAGAGCCCCUGUGGGAACUGCCUGCCCUGGCGUUCCUGGUGGAGGUCCUGCACUGCCUGAACCCCAGACAAUGUGGGCCCAGCGUCCUGCAGAUUAUUUCCAGGCACCUGCGCAGUCAGUGCCCGGAGAGGCGUCGCCUGGCGCUCCGAGGCCUGGUGGUGCUCAGCAGGGAUCCUGCAAUGGCUAAGAGCAUGCGGAGCCUGAGUGAAAGCCUCCUGGAGCUACUGCAGGAUGCAGACACGGACACAGUUCAGAUGACCCUCUCCGCGUUCAUCAACAUUCUGUGCUUCCAAAUUGUCAAAAUAUCCAGCCCAAUAGCCCCGAAGUUGCUUGAGGCGCUGCGGCCACUCUUUGACAAUGAGCACAGCCAGCUGCAGCAGCUCUCCAUGCUCCUCUUCCAGGAGCUGAUGGAGGCGACAGAGAGGAGCAGGAGCCUAAAGCCACACGUGUACCUGAGUCUGGUGCCAUUCUACUUCAACUGGCACAAUGAGAACAAGCGUGUGGCAGAGGCCUCUUGGAGAGCACUGUUUGGUGCAGCCAGGUUCCUGAAGUGGUGGGAUCUUGAGCACUUGGUGACCAUGGAGCAGCCGUGGAGGUUUGCCGAGUGCCUGCUGGAAAAGGACAGGAGCCGAGUGGGCCAGUACGUGCGCCAGGCCCUGCCGUUCCUGGAGAGCCCAGAGGAGCCCCUGCGAAAGCUGGCCAUCAAGUUUCUGGCCCAGCCCUGGGGCGUCCCCAUGCGGGAAGGCCCCGGGCUCAGCCCUGCCAGGGCAGGAGGCCGUGUGGCCGGGCUGGCAGCGCCACUGCGGGGGACCUGUGCCUCUGGGACCUGA